AUGCUGGCCAACGCUGCUGUCCCCGCCACCUGCUCAUCCACCUCCGCAAAAUAUAGCCUCGUGUCUGUGCGCCGUGUCGCAAUUUCCGCCAGUGCCCCCAACAGCUCGCGCGAUCGCCCGUUUGAUGAAAAUCCCGCAAUUGACGCCUCCACGAAUCUCUCCCGCUCGUGGGGCUCCACACGCCGCACCAGAACCUUGGUCGGGUCGGGUCGGCGUGCAUCGAGACCCCCCUUGAUGUCGAGGAGAGGGAGACCGAGAGGGCUGGCCUACUGCACACCACCCCCUUACAUCCUCCUCAUCGAUUCUUCUUGCAUUCCCACAUCCUACCGCCCGGUUGAGCUUGCCCUGGAAAAUGGCUCGUGUUCGGAUCGCGAUUCCACCCGACGGCAGCGGCUGGAUGGCUACAUCCUCGUCGGGGUAGAGCUCUUGGCACACUUCCGCUUGGCGGCGAAUGUGAAGCAUCUCGGCGUGCUCACAGCAUUUGGUAGUGUCUAUAUCCAUCGGUUCCUCGGACACGGAAAUGGCGGGUGA